AGAGCAUUGGAACUUCUGAACCUUGAUGUGGUUUUUACUUCCGAGUUCAUCAAAGCCAUCGCUCCACAUACAGGAAAAGAUUCCAUCGUUUUGGGCAUUGAAAAACGUCUCAACCGUCGAAAGGACUUCAAAUCAGCCGUUCGAAUGAAAGUCUACCAUGCAUGGAAAGCGUUAGAGAUGCCUCUACAUCACACGGCAAAUAUCCAUGUAUCGAAUCUACUGGAAAUUGCCGAACUACUACGCAACUACGUCGAUAACGCGGAACGGGAAUAUGAAGACGUUCGUCAGAUGAUGACUGAAAAUGCAGUGUAA